ACUCUGCCAGAGUAGAAAAAAAAAAAGCAUUUGCAGCCCCCUCCAAAAUCCCAGAGGCGGAUGCGGUGCCAGCCAUUCUUCAUUAGCACGCAAGAAAUUCUCGGAUUUCCGCCCUCUGAAAACCUCUCCUCCUAUUUCCUUCGCCUCUUCAGAUCUGAGAAACGAAGCCGCUAGAGUCCAUGGAUUCGCAUGGCUCGUGGGAUUCCUUACGAAAUCAGGCAAGGAAACUUGAAGCACAAUUGGAUGAACAGAUGAAUUCAUAUCGUAAAUUGGUUGCUUCUGCUACAAAAGUCGAUGGUUCAGAGAAUGAUCUUGAAUCUGGUAUAGAUCGAUUACUGAAACAACUUAAGCAAGUAAUUUCCCAGAUGCAAGCAUGGGUAUCAUCAGGGGGCUCAGAAAUUUUUUCUCAUACCUUGACUCGGCAUCAGGAGAUUCUACAAGAUAUUACUCAGGAGUUUCAGAGGCUUCGGUCUAGCCUUAGAGCUAAGCUAGAGCAUGCAUCACUCCUUCAAGAUUUUAGGGAGUUUGAUCACGCACGAAUGGACAUAGAAGCGAAUGGUGAUUUUGAAGGAAGAGCUCUCCUUAAAGAACAAGCAGCUAUAAGCAGAAGUACAGGACAGAUGGAUACAGUGAUCUCCCAUGCUCAGGCCACACUUGGGUCACUCGUUCUUCAACGUUCCACAUUCAGUGGCAUCACUUCAAAGAUAAGCAAUGUCAGCAGCCGUCUCCCCACGGUAAACCAUAUUCUGUCAUCAAUUAAAAGGAAAAAGUCUAUGGACACUAUCAUCCUUUCCCUUGUUGCUUCUGUAUGCACAUUUCUCAUUCUGAUUUACUGGUUGACGAAGUAAGCUUUCUUGCAGGUGGAAUAUUUUCGUUGAGUGAUAUCAAGCCUUGUCUGGCUCAGGUGGUGGAGGGGCCCACCAUGCGGAUGCUGUUCCUUUGCUCCACGUCACAUGACAAGGCAGGUUGUGAAUUUGAUUGGUUGAUUGAACAGGUAUCUUUCAUGUGAUUUGAAGUGCGUGUAAUGACUUAUGAUUAAAGGUUUUGAGGAAUGAAGAAGAUUGCAGUCUUGUGCAUAAAAUUUAAAUUGCAAAUGUAGCUUACCACCUUGUGCAUGUUUGAUUUAGAUAAA